AUGGAAGCGAAUGGAGCCGACGUAUCUAGUGCGUAUUCAGCCUUCUGGGCGCGUGAUUGGUGUUUGUGCAUUGCCGCAAGGUGUGCCUGGCGCUAUUGUCGCGUGUUCGGUUGGUGCAUUUGCGUACGGAGUGCGCCGGGUUGUGUGGUGUUGUCGGACGAUGCGCGUUUAGAGGACCCGGGCUUCGGCGCUGGGAACCCUGGGCGUGUGGAGUUCGGUUGGCGCUGCGCAGCUUUGUGGAGACGUGGGUUUUUCGCGUGCCGCGGUGUCGACAGGCUCGGUUCGGGUGGUACACAUGUGUGCAGCCCUUAUGGGGUCGGUCGGUGUUGUGGUGUGCUCUGCGUUCUUCCCGGUGUUCAGUCGGUGACCCAUUCGACCCGUCUUGAAACACGGACCAAGGAGUUUAUGGUAUGCGCAAGUCAUUGGGUUUGUCGAAGCCUAAAGGCGUAAUGAAAGUGAGACAUUACUUGUCUGAACGUGACUGGGUGCGGCAUUCGUGCGGCCCAAGCAACGUUGCCCCGUUUCGAGGACUUGUCCUGAUGCGGAGGUUGAGCGUAUGCUAUGAGACCCGAAAGAUGGUGAACUAUGCCUGAACAGGACGAAGCCAGAGGAAACUCUGGUGGAAGUCCGAAGCGGUUCUGACGUGCAAAUCGAUCGUCUGAUUUUGGUAUAGGGGCGCAAGACUAAUCGAACCAUCUGGUAGCUGGUUUCCUCCGAAGUUUCCCUCAGGAUAGCUGGUGCACAUUCAAACAGAUAUACUCGGUAAAGCGAACGAUUAGAGUUCUUGGGAUGUAUUAUUCUCAGACUAUUCUCAAACUCUAAAUGGUUAUGAUGUUGGUGUUGCUUAAUUGAACACUGACUUUGAUUGUUGUGCUCCAAGUGGGCCAUUUUUGGUAAGCAGAACUGGCGAUGUGGGAUGAACCAAACGCGGAGUUACGGUGCCUAACUAUUCGCUCAUGAGACCCCAUGAAAGGUGUUGGUUGAUAUAGACAGCAGGACGGUGGCCAUGGAAGUCGGAAUCCGCUAAGGAGUGUGUAACAACUCACCUGCCGAAUCAACUAGCCCUGAAAAUGGAUGGCGCUCGAGCGAAUGACCUAUACUCUGCCGUCGUUGAGACCCGAGCAAUCUCUCGACGAGUAGGAGGUACGUUGUAAUGGCGUUGAAGUUGUUGGGCGUGAGCCCGAAUGGAGCCGUUAUGAGUGCAGAUCUUGGUUGUAGUAGCAAAUAUUCAAGUGAGAUCCUUGAAGACUGAAGUGGAGAAGGGUUCCGCGUGCACAGUGAUUGUACGUGGGUUAGCCGAUCCUAAGGCACAGGCUAAUGCUGGAUUUGAAGUUGUGGCGUUAAAUUCACUUGUGGAUUGCGCUGCAUUCGCCGAAAGGGAAGCGGGUUAA